AUGCGAUGUAUAGCUGCGAAUCGAUCUGUUCUUACAACAUUAGAUCAAAAUGCUACACUUCCUGAUGCUUAUGAUAGUAAUGAAACAGCAACAACAAAUGAUAUCGAAUGUAUGGAUAUCAUACAAUUUGCUGAUGGUUGGUAUUCCUAUCCUGAUCUUAAUACAUUUAACAGUGAUUUACUUCUUGAUACACUUACAAUUCGACAUAUUAAACCAACAAAAGCCAUAUCUCCUUGGAACAUUAAAGCAGACAAUCCGACUGUUCUUCCAUUGACUGAAAUUGCAACUCGUCAACUUGAAGCACUAUUCAAUUUGUCACAAUUGCUUUUCGGUUUAGCUCGAGCAGAACAAUCAAAUUAUACAUUUCGAGAUCUUCAAUUAAGUCAACAUGCACAACAAUUUCAACAAGCAGGAUUUAAGAAAUUUCCGAAUAAUCAUAGAUCUAUUGAUUUUUUUGUUAUCUUUCAACUUGUUGUUAAUGAUGUUCUUAAAUCAGGUGCUAUUGAUACUGUUUUUUUGAUGUAUAAGGAUCCUCGUAUACGAUGUGUCAAACAAAAAUGUCUUGAUCUAUUAAGUAAUGUUGCAACUAUACCUGAAGUUGCACGUAUAAUACUUGAUCGUUAUACGGGAUUUCUUAAUCAAUUAAUACAAGGUAUUCGUGAUGGUCAUUUAAUUGAAGAAAAAAUUCCAUCAUUAUCUGUACUUUUACGUUUAUGUAAAGUAAUUGUUGAGAAAAAUUUAAUUCAAUCAUAUCAACAUUUAAUUGAUAUGCAAUUUAUUGAUAUUAUUAUUGAUCUUUUUGAAAAUAAUGAAUACAAAUAUUCAGAUUAUAUUAUUUAUUUUAUUAAAUUUGAAUCACUUGCUCUUCAAUGUCUUCAUAUUAUGUUACAAUGUGCUGAACAUGUUGAUAUGUGGUCAGAAAAAGCUCAAAUUCGUAUAGUAAAUUAUUGUUGUACAUUAUUACAUAAAUCUGUCUUAGAUGAUGAUGAUCAUCAUAAAAAUCAUCGUCAUCAAAAACGUAUUGAAUCAAAUCAUCUUGUUUAUGCUGAACAACAUUCAAUUGUUCAUUCACUUAGUUAUGCUCUAUUAACAUUUUUAAGUGUUGUUCGAUGUCGAAAAGAAAUUGGAGCAUUCUACCGUGAAAAUGAACAUUUUAGAGAAUUACUUAGUGCAAUGAGACAUAAAUAUGGUCCACGAAGUGAAUUUAUAUCUCGUGAUCCAACAAUAUCAAAUGCACUUAAUCAAGUUGCUAAUGUUAUGUUUGAUCGACAUCAACGAAAAAAACGACGACAUCAUCAACAACAUCAUCAUCAUUAUAAUCAACGACAAUCAGAAGUAAUCGAUGUGAAACAAUAUUCACAUGAUCCAUUUCAAGAUGAAGAUGAAGAAAAUGAUGAAAAUCGACAAUAUCGAAAAUGUUCAAAUUCUUUAUGUCAAAUCAUUGAAAAUGAUCAAGUUAAAUUUCAAAAUUGUCCUCAUUGUCAUAAAUUAUCCUAUUGUAGUCAAUAUUGUCGUGAAGUUCAUUGGACACUUAAUCAUAAUAUAUCAUGUCGAUCUAUUUAUAAUAAUGAAAAGAAAGAAGAAGAUUCAACUGUAUUAUGUAUGACUGAUCGAUUUUCUGAAACAUUACCACAACCAUAUCAAGCAAAUAAUACAGUGUCGAUGUCACACAACUCGGCAUUUGAAACUUUACCCGUACAAAUAUCACAGCCAGUCAUUGAAGCAACAGCCGAGAUUACAAAUGAGCUGUGCUAUCCAUCUGCAUCAUCAUUACCUUCUACAACUGUUAAAAAGAAGUCGUUUAAAACAUUAUUCUCACUUCUUCGUGUUGGUGGUAGUAAACGACGAUAA